AUGUCUUCCGAGUCUCUUAGGGAACUAGAUCCUGCACUAGCUCCUGAACCAGAAAAUAAAGAGGAAUAUGACCCGUGGUCGUUCUCGUUCAGCAAUACUGGCAAGAACAAGAAGAAAAAGCAAAAAGGCGUAGUCGAGGAGCAUCUGCUAGAGCCUGAGCCAGCAAUCGACUCAGUGCUAGAACCAGUCCUCGAACCGGAACCUGUCAAGGAAGAAGAUCCGUGGGGAUUUGCCGAAACCACAAUCAAGAGAUCAAAGAAGAAGAAAGCAAAAGGUGAAACUAAAGAUGAGGAACCUCAACUACCUGAACCAGGACCA